AGCGUGUUGACGGGCUUUUGAUUUUUGGUGUCCGGUUUGUUCUCUCUGUUUUUUGUUUUUUCCUUCUGUUUUUGUGUUAAAGCGUGGAUCAAAGGUUCUCUAUCUAACGGAAAUUUAACUCUAUAGCCCCCAAAAACACACACACACAAAGCAAAGCAAAUAUAUUUAUUUAUGGAUGUUAUAUUCUGGAUAAAAAAGGCUAAUAACCCUAUUUUUGUAAAAGAGAAAAAAAACAAAUGCAAACGGUUUCAUCUUCUUUUUUCUUCUUCUUCUGUGUGUUCUCGCGGUGGUUCACUUGAGUAAGACUCUCCCUUUGCGUGUGUUUGUGCUUCGCCAAAGAAAAUCAAAACUGGUCCCAUUUCUUUGUUUAUCCUUGGACUCCUCGGAAAGAAAAGAGAAGUUGGUCAACGAAGGGAUUGGUGCACGCCGUCCAACGCGGUCCGGCGCGUACAGUUGCAAGAAAGAAAAACUCUGCGCGUUUUCGGCGGAGAGUAAACGUUCAAUCCGCUGCGGUGCACGACUCUCUUUUGUACUCUGCGGCGAGUUGCGCGAAGGAUGUUCGUGACGUACGCUGCUUUUUGCUCUCUCUCUUCUCUGGUCGCUGUGGGUGCCUCAUUUACACCUGUUUCUUCUCCCUGCAACACCACUCUCUCAUCACCACAAGAGCUAUUUUACUUGUUCGCCCUCACAAAUAUAUAUUUAUAUAUAUACUUUAGGCGGCACCUCCGUCGCCUUCUGUCGCAACGCACUUUUCCGUGUUCAAAGCAAGCCCCUCCAAAAGGAAGAAAAGCGCAACAGUGCCUCUCCACUUUUCUCGCUUAUCAAAUAGCCACAACAACACCGUUCUUUUGCUUGCUUCGCAAUGAGCAUCGGUGCGGCAGGUCCGUCUACGAGCCCGCCGGGGUCGCCAACUUCACCGACGGCGCCCGCGUCCCCAAUAAACGCCGGCCCAGCCGCCCUCUCGCCUCAGAGUGGCGCCCUCACGACCACGCCGACCACUGGGACGGUGGGGGCUGCCAACACCGGCGGCGCCAUGACGACGAACGCGUCUGGUGAUCUCACCAACCCGAACGGCUACAACUCCAUGGGCUACGGUGGCAUGGGCUACGGUGGCAUGGGUUACGGCAUGGACCCUUACGGUAUGGGCAUGGGGUACGGUGGUAUGGGCAUGGGGUACGGUGGCUUAGGAAUGAUGGGCAUGGGUGGCAUGGGUAUGAUGGGGAUGGGCAUGUACGGCAUGACACCCGAGGCGCAGCGAGCACAGAUGAUGAUGAUGAUGACGAACAGCAUUAUGCAGCUGUGGGGGAUGUUUUCACAGGUCAUGCAGAUGACCCUCGGCAGCGCAGUGCAGUUCGUCGGCGAGUACGUCGGCAUUAACCAGCGCCUCGGACAAAUAGAGGAGGAGCAUCUGAACCUGGAGGAGCGCUAUCAGAAUCGCAAGUACGACCUGCGCAAGGCGCUCGCUGAUAUUCCGAAGGAGCAGCGCUACGUGCCCAAGGCGCCACGCAUGAAGAAGCCGAAGCAGCCGUCGAUGGUACGACGCUUCAUUGUUCGCUUGCUGCGCCACGUCGCCUUCUUUGUCGUGGCGUACUUCGUGGCGAGGAAGCUCGCGUCGUGGGUCACGGCCAGGUCAGGCAAGAAGCUGUUAGAGACGUCCGCCUCAAAGGUGUUUUCGGCACCAUCAAAAUUAAACUAA